CUGCGGCGCGUGCUUUGUUGAGAGAACGAGGGGGCGAGGUCUCACGGAGCUGGCCGGCUGAGGCGCGGCGGGCGGGGCGGAGGAUGGAGGUGUCUGCGUUCGCCGCGACGGUUGGGGCUGCGCGCGAGGCAGCGGCCGAGUAGGCGGUGAGGCGUUGGGCAUGGCGGGACGGCCCCUCGGCGCUCCCUAGGCGCCCGAGCCAUGGGCGCUCUGAGCAGCCGGGUGCUGCGGCCAGCGGGGCGCACAGAGCAGCCCGAACCCACGCCCGGUGCUGGGGGCGCGACCCGCAGGUCGGACGCGGGCGAGGAUGCGGCCCACGGCUUCUGUUACUGUCCGGGCGGUCGCAAGCGCAAGCGCAGCAGCGGCGCAUCAUUCUGCUACUGCCACCCGGACUCCGAGACAGACGAAGACGAGGAUGAAGGCGACGAGCAACAGCGGCUGCUGAACACGCCGCGCAGGAAAAAAUUAAAGAGCACAUCUAAAUACAUCUAUCAAACCUUGUUUUUGAAUGGUGAAAACAGUGACAUUAAGAUCUGUGCUCUAGGUGAAGAAUGGAGCUUACACAAAAUCUACUUAUGUCAAUCUGGCUACUUUUCUAGUAUGUUCAGUGGUUCUUGGAAAGAAUCCAGCAUGAAUAUUAUUGAACUGGAGAUUCCUGACCAGAACAUUGAUAUAGAAGCGCUGCAGGUUGCAUUUGGAUCACUGUAUCGAGAUGACGUCUUAAUAAAACCCAGCCGUGUCGUCGCCAUUUUGGCAGCAGCUUGCAUGCUGCAGUUGGAUGGUUUAAUACAACAGUGUGGUGAGACAAUGAAGGAAACAAUUAAUGUGAAAACUGUGUGUGGCUAUUACACAUCCGCAGGGACCUAUGGAUUAGACUCUGUAAAGAAAAAGUGCCUCGAGUGGCUGUUGAACAACCUGAUGACUCACCAAAGUGUGGAGCUCUUCAAAGAACUCAGUAUAAACGUCAUGAAGCAGCUCAUUGGUUCAUCUAACUUAUUUGUGAUGCAAGUGGAGAUGGAUGUAUAUACAGCUCUUAAAAAGUGGAUGUUCCUUCAGCUGGUGCCUUCCUGGAAUGGGUCUUUAAAGCAGCUUUUGACAGAAACAGAUGUCUGGUUUUCAAAGUGGAAAAAAGACUUUGAAGGGACGACUUUCCUUGAAACUGAGCAGGGAAAACCAUUUGCGCCGGUGUUCAGACAUUUAAGGCUACAGUACAUUAUCAGUGAUCUGGCUUCUGCAAGGAUCAUUGAGCAGGAUUCUCUGGUACCUUCAGAAUGGCUGUCUUUGGUGUAUAAGCAGCAGUGGCUGGCUAUGCUCCGGGCUGAACAAGACAACGAAGUGGGGCCUCAAGAAAUCAAUAAAGAAGAACUUGAGGUUAAUAGCAUGAGGUGUGGUAGAAAGCUUGCCAAAGAUGGUGAAUACUGCUGGCGGUGGACAGGUUUUAAUUUCGGCUUUGACCUCCUUGUGACUUAUACCAAUCGGUACAUCAUUUUCAAACGCAAUACACUGAGUCAGCCAUGUAGUGGAUCUGUCAGCUUACAGCCGCGAAGGAGCAUAGCAUUUAGAUUGCGGUUGGCUUCUUUUGACAGUAGUGGGAAACUCAUUUGCAGCAGAGCAACUGGCUACCAGAUACUGACACUUGAAAAAGACCAGGAACAAGUGGUGAUGAACUUGGACAGCAGGCUUCUGAUCUUCCCUCUAUACAUCUGCUGUAACUUCUUGUAUAUAUCACCAGAAAAAAGAACUGAAAGUAACCGCCACCCCGAAAACCCAGGACACUGAGGCAGCUGCUCAUCGGUGGGAAGAGGAGCACUGUGACAACUGUGGAGCCAGCUUUAACAUCAUGGCCUACAGCAUUCACAUCCAAGGUGACUAACAGGGACAGGCCUCGUGAACUGUACGGACGCUGCAGGACAUGUCCUCGCCCUCAUUACAUUUCUAUGCACAUAUGAAAAAGUGUUUAAAGCUAAGAAAGUGUCUGUCAAACCAUGGACCUUCAAAGGAUGUCAACUCCUGCUUUCAUUUAGUAGCAGUAGAAAAUUGCUGUAGCUAAAUUUCUUAUUUUUUUCCAACAAAAUAUAGAUUUAAUUUUGAGCUUGAAUUUUGAUCCUACCUAAUGUUAGUGAACUUUACUUACUCAUCUGUAAAUUGGUUCCUAUUUUGUUAAGAGAAUGCUUAGGACAUAGUGUGAAUGGCCAAUCAUAAAUGCUCUUUCAAUUGGUGCCUUUAAAGCUGUUCUUUAAUUCUUUCAGUGCUCAUUUAAGUCCUCUGUUUAAUAUCUUUCCAAUCUCUGCUUCUUUUUAACCAUCAAAUCCUUUUUCAUGGUUUGGGAGACUAAGCUUAGGAAAUGGUUUUGUCUUUCUUUUUUUUUUUUUUUUUUUU